AUGCGCGGAUUUCAAACUCGACAUUUGAUGGCGAACCGUAAAAGGAACAGGCCAGAGGAUUGGGAGGAUUUGGAGCCAUCUCCAGUUAUUCAUAUACGGGAGUUGCCAGAACAUACUCUCGAGCUGGACUUAAUUAGAGUUUUUGAACAGUUUGGCUCCAUUAGGGAUAUUGCAAUGAUUCCACAUAAAGGUCAAGCACUAAUUGAAUUUGAUGACAUCAACUCAGCAGAAAGAGCUGUUGCAAGAUGUUCAGAGAAUGCCGUGAUGUUUGCUAACCACCGAUUGAAAGUUAACUAUAGUACAUCCAAACGUGUGGUCCACCGACCUCUAGAAAAUGAUAACCAGCACUCCGAAUUGCCUCCCGAAAGCCGUGUACUUAUGUUAACGGUUUACAAUGCUCAAUAUCCUAUCACAGUCGAUGUCAUCCAUCAAAUUACAGCCAAACAUGGACGCGUUUUACGCAUUGUCAUUCUCCGUAAAACCCGAAUACAGGCUAUGGUGGAGUUUAAAAAUACAGAAGAGGCCCGGACUGCUAAGCGGCAUCUUAAUGGGGCCGACAUAUAUUCUGGCUGCUGUACACUGAAAGUCGAGUUCGCUCGUCCUACACGCUUGACUGUUACUCGUAAUGAUCAAGAUUCAUGGGAUUUUGAAAAUCCAUUAUUACUGUCUACCUCACUUAAUGAAGCUGAUGGGCGUGGAGAUAUUUCUCUAUUAGGACGUUUUGAACGUUCACGUGCUCGACACGAAAGCUCAAGGUCUGUUAAUGGUGGCAACUUUGGCUAUCAUGAUGGUUUCAUAAAGCAAAAUGCUGUCGGGCUUAGUGUCCCACCUGCUUCGUUCUUGGACCAGUUGGCUUUAAAUUACCAUGUAUCGAGGCGUGGUCUCGAUGGAUUGAAUGGUCAACCUUAUGCUAGGGCUGCAACUGCUGUCAUAAUGGUAUAUAACAUGGAUAUGGAUCAUAUGAACUGCGAUCGAUUGUUCAACCUUCUUUGUCUCUAUGGUAAUGUUGUUCGUAUUAAGUUUUUGAGGACUAAAGAAGGAUCAGCUAUGGCGCAAAUGGGCGAUAACGUUAGUGUUGAUCGUGUCAUUACUAACCUGUCAGAAGUCCCAUUGAUGGGAAAUGCAUUGUCGAUUCGUCCAAGCAAACAACAACUUAUCCUGGACGUACCGAAACCUUUUGAAUUACCAGAUGGUACCCCAUCUUUCAAAGACUAUUCAGGGUGUCGUGAAAAUAGAUAUAUAAAUCCAGACAAGGCGAGUAAGAAUAGGAUCUAUCCACCAUCACAUACUCUGCAUUACUGGAAUUGUCCUCCGAGUUAUACCCCAGAGGAACUACGCAAGUUGAUUGUUGAAUGUGGUGCUUCACCACCUCGCCAAAUUGCACCUUUCCCAAGGAUUAGUGAUAGAUCCUCUUCAGGCCUUGUAGAAUGGGGAACAAAAGAUGAAGCCGUUACUGCCCUUGCUUUGUGCAACCACCAAGCUAUUCCAAACACCGAAGGUCGUUAUCCAUUUCUUCUUAAACUGUCAUUUUCAAGCUCUCCUUUAAUGGAUAGACUAUCCGUUCAACAUAACAAACGAACACAGCAUUUGUCAUCAAAAUUUAUUAUCAUAUUCUUCACAUGGUGA